AUGAGGGCAAGUAGCACGUGUCUCAGUAAUUUGUACAAGUUCUCAUCUUUGAUUCGGGGAUUUGUAUCUUUGAAUAAGCAAGAGGACAAUCAGUCUCGAAAACAAGAUAAAAUUGCAGAAAAUGCAACAGAGAAUUGCUGGGAGGUCAUUCUAAUUAUCGUGGAGAAAGAAGAAGACAAAAGAAAAAAUGAAUAA